GCAGCACUGCUGGGCUGCACUGGUGGGUGGCACUGGUGGGUGGGCACAGGUGGGUGGCACUGGUGGGCACAGGUGGGUGGUACUGGUGGGCACAGGUGGGUGGGCACAGGUGGGUGGCACUGCUGGGCACAUGUAGGUGGCACUGCAGAGUGGCACAGGUGGGUGCACUGCUGGGCACAGGUGGGGGCACUGCUGGGCACAGGUGGGGGCACUGCUGGGAACGGGUGGGCGGGGCUAGUGGGCGCACUGCUGGGCGGAACUUGCGGGUGUCACUGCUGGGCACUGAUCAUCAGGGCACUG